CUUCACACAUCGUACUCAGCUCAGAUCGACUUUCGGGAUCGACUGUGUACUAUUAACCGAGAAUUCUGCCAUUAGCUUGUGUUUGUGAAGACUAAUUCGUUAAUCCAGGAUAAUUCUGUUACAUGGGAUCAUAUUGACCAGUUAUGACGAUGGGUCUCAGUCAGCUUUUCACCUCAUUUUUCUCAUAUUUCAGGGACAAAACUUGGUUCCUGAUGCGGAGAGGAGGCAACCAGUACCGGGUAGGUGCACCCGGGGACUUCGCCGAGGAAGCCUUGCAGGAGGCCCUACUUGCUCUGGGAGCAGCAAACAGCCUUUCUGAAGCGGAAGUUGCAAUACGGGAGACCUAUGGCUGCUGUUUCACCGAUGUGACGGACCUAAUCCUAUACUUAUUGAGCAACAGAACAGGGCUUCUGGCAAGCAUAGAUGGACUAGCGGGGGCCUGUCAUAAUGUUCCCAAGACGGGUAUUACGGGGGUAUGUCUGGAUCAGAGGCAGGGGGAUAUUCUACACACCUUGGCUGAAGAUGAUCCUGUAUGUGGCCUCCUACAGGGGGCCAGUCUACCCCUCUCUGAGAACAAAAGAGUGGUUUGCAGUACGGUAACAGAGCGAGAAGGGGACACGGUGGUUUGUCUAGCUGUGGUAAGUCUAAUGUUUUCAUCAUUUCUUCAGGGUUAGGUUCACACUCUCUCCAAAUUGUCAAUGCUGAUGAUC